AAUCCGAAGGAUCUAAUAACCCAACUCCAGAUCUCACUCCGCAAACAAGCCAGCGUCCCUUCCUACGAUCCAAACGACUCAUCACUCCCCAAUCUCCCUUCCCUUCCUCACUUAAUCUCCGACUCUCCCCACUUCCGCUGCCUCCACUGCAAAGCCCAUCUCCUCCGGCCCGACUCCCUCCUUUGCAUUUUCUGGAAAUGCCAGUCCAAUAGCGAGGCGCCACCUGAGCCCAUCAAAUUCAAGUCCACUUCCGGUUACCGCUGGUUCCUCCGCUCUCUCAACUUAGAUGGAUCUGAAACGGUGGGAGAGUCUUUGGAAGGGAAUGAAUGGAACAGAGGACCGCGACAGGAGUCUCCAUUAUCUGAUCUUUUAGAUUUAGAAAUAAGGUGGAAUGAUGCCGAGCUGGAUAGUUUUGAAUCUAGUUUGAGAAAGAAUAAUCCUUUGAAUUUGGCUGGACUUGAUCUUGAUGAUGAUUUUUUAGCUGAAAGGAAAGGAGAUUCUGUUUCAAUACCAACCCAAGGGACAUUGCCUGUAAAGAAAGAGAUUGAUUCUACUGGUAGUGAGUUUCAAUCUCGUCAAAACCUUAGUUUAUUGAGAUACAGGUUUCUAAGAGUAGUGGUUCUGUUUCUGUUGGCAGGCUAUGACAAUCAAUCUUCUUCCGAAUCCAAAACAAACAACUGGUUUCGUGAUGAUAUGCAGAGUAAUUCCACUUUAGGGGUGAGGAUAGACGAAGCAAAUAUUUCUUCUUCUGCGAAUGUUGACUGGAUUCAAGGUGAUCAAGGACAAAGCACUGGCAACAAUGCCCCUGACAAGAGAACUACUAAUGAUGAUGAUGAUGAUUCCUUUGAUGCGUGGAAUGAUUUUAAGGGUUCCACCAGUGCACCAGAUGCUGCUAAAAGUUAUCGGGACCAGACUACUGAUGGUGUCAAGUCGAUGAAUGACAAAGGUCAUGAUUCUUUUUCUGGAUGGGGGGCUGGCUCUGAAUCUACUGCUUUUGAAACUCAGCAUGAGGUAUCCAAAUCUUUUGAUAAUUUUGCUGGUUCUUCUGCCGACCUUUCUACUCACAUGGACAGUGUCUUUGGAACAGGAAAAGACUCAUUUCAUGGAAAAGCAGUAGAUAACAGAACUUCAUCUCACACUAAUUGGUUUCAAGAUGAUCUAUGGAGUAAUUCCACCUCAGGGACUGUUCAUCAUGCUGAGCAAUCUGAUUUGAAUGUAGGUAAUAAGGAUGAUGGGAUGUUAGGAAAUACAAAAUCUCCCGUGAGUGUAAAUGGAAUUGAAGAUGAUCAAUGGCCAACAAGUAGCAACAAGGCAGCGGAUGACAGAACCAAUGAUGAAGAUGAUGAUUCAUUUGGGGCUUGGAAUGAUUUUAAAGGCUCAAGAUGGGACACUGACUUUCAAUCUGCUAGUUCUAAAAAUCAUCAUGAGGGUUCCAAAUCAUUUGAUCCUUUAGUGGGUUCCUCAGUUGAUCUUUCUGAUCACAUGGAUACUGUCUUUGCAUCAGGAAAAGAUUUUGUUGAUGGAAAAGUGAAAGAUGGCUCCAACGUUUCCAACACAAACAAUUGGUUUCAGGAUGAUCUAUGGAGUAAUUCUACCUCAAAGGUAACUCGUCAAGCUGAAAAUUUUGAUGCAACUAUUGAUGUUAUGGAUUCUGGAACAGCUCAGAGUAUGCAUAAUUCUCCCUCAAUGAACGUUGAUUGGUUUCCAGAUGAUCAAUGGCUAACUGGCAACAACAAGGCACCUGAUAGAAAAGCUGUUGACAAAUCAGACAAUUCUUUUGGUGAUUGGAAUGAUUUUAAAAGCUCAACAACUAUGCAAGAUGCUUUUAGUGAUCCUUCAAAACAAGCUGCUAGACCUGAUAAAAUGACAAUUGAUGAUGAUGAUGACUUGUCUGGUGCUUGGAAUGAUUUUACUAGCUCAAUUAGUGCAAAUGAUCCUUCAAGUAUGUCUUUCAAACAUACUGUCAAUCAUGAGAAGCCUUCUAUUGGAACUUCAGAAAUGCACGUCUUCGGUAUGGAUAGCAAUUCACAUGACAAUAAUUCUGGUAAUUUAUCUCAACCUGAUCUCUUUUCAAGGUCAUUCGGCAAUCAAAAUGGCUCUGUCGAAGCUCCCGUUUCAAGCAGGAUGGCCGAUGCAAGUGUAAGAGGUGGUAGUAAUACUGAAGUUGCAAAAAAUGGAGGUUUUUCCAGUGCAACAACAGGGUCAAAAACAGAUGAUAUAGAGAUACUGAUGUCACAAAUGCAUGAUUUAUCCUUUAUGUUGGAAAGCAAUCUUUCAAUACCUCCAAAACUUUGUAAAGAUUGAGAGCCAUUUUUUUUCCCUCUCAAGUUGGUAUUGUUUUGUUGGUUCUUGUCUGCUCUGUAUCCUAGUUUUGAUUGGUCCAUGCAUCUGAAAUUCUUUCCUGCAUCCAGUGGUCGUAUGGCUUUGUUCUUCCUCUGAUAUUAGAAGAAUGUAUUAUGAAAUGAUUAACGAACUUUUCUUAAUAAACGUGGUUUGUAGAUGUUGUUUUUA